CGUAAAUUGGGAAAACAAGUUUAAUCAUCAUCAUAAGUAAAUAAAGAACACAACGAUAAGCAGGUUUGGAAAAGAAGCUAGAGUUUGAGUUAUAAUGUAAGGCACCAAAUUAGGCGUGCCUUUAAAACAAAAAGAUGCCAAAAAAUGCAGCUUAGUGAAAAUUAUAGAGUAAUGGGUUUUGCAAUGCAAUGCUCAAGCUAUGGCUAUUCUUUCUGUGUCCCUCAUCGAUUCGCCCCAAUUUCUCUCCAAGCUUUCCACCAGUGGAACGGAUUCAAGAGCCAACGAAAUAAUCAGAUUACUGCACUUUGUGCUGCCGACGACCGAAACUCCAACCUCGCUUCUCACAGGAAAAGAAAAAUUGUGGAGCACAUUUGUCUGCUCAAAGCAAAAGAUGAUUUAUCUGAACACGAUGAGAACGACAUGCUUGAUUAUUUAUACACAACUCAGUAUCAAAUGGGUGGUAUUGUUGCUAUUUCAUUAGGGCGAGUUUCUUCUCCGAAUCCUGAUCGAAUUACUCAUGCUCUGUAUAUGCGGUUUCAGAGGAAGGAAAACCUUGAAAAGUUCUAUGAGAAUUCCUUUUACUUGAAGGUUAUCGAGGACCACGUUAUGACUUACUGCCAUGGAUUAAUUAAUGUUGAUUACGAAUCUGAAGUUGAUGAUGACAUGCUUUCUAUAUUUCGCAAAGGAGAGGAGUUCAGCCAUGGAGUGGAGUUUGUUCUUUUGUUAUCAUUUAAUGAAGGUGCCUUAGGUAACCAGGAGGAACAUGCACUGGUCUCUCUGGCAACAGUGCUGUUGGAAUCUCCUUCCUUGAUAGUACAAUUUACAAAAGGUUUUAAUUUCAAUCAAAGUUCUAAGGAGUAUACUCAUGGAGUAGUGAUACGAUUUCGAUCAGUUGAGGCAUUUGAGAUACUUAUACACAGCAAAGAGUACAAGGAUGUAUGGAUAUCUAAGUUCCAGCCAAUUGUCCAGAAAUCACUGUCUCUUCAUUUCUUGGUUGAUCCAGUGGGAACUGAGAUUAUGUAGUGAGGAUAAUUUAUGAACAAGGAUGAAGGUUAUUUCCUGCUUUAUAUUUGCACUCACAUGUUCUUUUUCCAUGAAUUGAGGCCAACAUUCUGAAAUGGGGCCAUAGGAAAGUUCUUUAUGCUUAUUUGUAUUUUCUUAAAGCUCAGUGUGUCUGGACCUACUACUAUCUGUAUCCUGCUUCUGGUAAAAUAUUGCUGUGUUAGUGUCAAAGUCAAACCUGCAAGGUACUCUAUUUUCCCCUGAAAAUUAUUCACACACCUAACAUAGUGUAGCCUUAUCAAUAUAAUUUACGUUCGGAAAUUUAGAAAAACAAGCUUUAUUUUUUUUUGGGCAAAUGUCUGCAAUACUUCAUAUCUAAUAUUUCUAUUGGAUCAAGUACAGUUUCUUUGAA